GCUCAGCAUCGAUCCUCCUCCCCCCACCCUCUUCCCACGCGCGCACCGCACCACAGCAUGUCGUGGCUCACGCGCUCCAUCGCGGCCACGCUCUCCGGCGAGCCCGACCCCGACUCCGACGCCUCCGAAUCCGAGGCCUCCUCCGCCGGCAGGCCGGCCGCGGAGGGGUCCUCGCCGCGCGAUCUCGAGGACGACGACCCCGAGCAGCCCAUCACCCCGAGCCGCGGCGUCAAGGACGACAUCUCCGAGCUCACCGAGACCCUCACCCGCCGCCUCUGGGGCGUGGCGUCCUUCCUCGCCCCACCGCCGCCCCCGCCGGAGUCGGAGUCCCCGCGCGCCGCGCCCGCGGAGGCGGACGAUGGAGAGGGGGGCGAUGUGGACGGGGACGGGAUCGCGGGGAUCCGGAGCGAUCUGGCGGAGAUCGGGGGCAGGGUGAGGAGUGGCAUCUCCAUGCUGCAGAGCAACCUGGCUGUGGCGGAGAUCUCCAAGAUCGCGUCCUCGCUCCUGCCGUUCGGGGAGGAGGAGCCGGACGAAGGGGAGCCCGUCGCCGGCGGGACCGAGGAGGUGUUGGUCUUCGUGAAGCACAUCUCGACGCGGCCUGAGACUUGGCUCGAUUUCCCACUCUUCAUCAGCGAGCGUUAUGCAGACGAUUUUGAACUGUCGAAUGCUCAGUAUGUGCAUGCACUAUCCAUGGAACACCUUGUGCCAAGCUUAUCAGAUUUAAAGGUUCAGAUUUGCUCAACUGAUAUGAGUGAAGCAUGUUUCUGGAAGAUAUAUUUUGUCCUUCUGCACUCAAAACUCAACAAACAAGAUGCCGAACUUCUUUCAACACCACAGAUCCUAGAAGCAAGGGAGGAGCUGCUGCAAAGUUUACAGGCUAAGAAUAAGCGAGGAUCUGAAACUACCGGAGAAUCAUCAAAGAAUGCAAAUGAAUCCUCUGCCCCAGCUGAAGAGAAGGUGAUAGAACCUUCAAUCAUCCAAGAUAAAGAAGUCUCCAUAUCAGAGGUCCGUUCCUUUGAAGAACCCACCUCCGACAUCACGCCAGAAAUCGAGGCCGAGAAGUUCCCAGUCCCAACCACCGAAGUGGAAAUCGUCGACAAGUCAGUGAUCGAAGAAGAGCUGUUGUCGGUGAAAGAUAAAAUCAAGGCUCCACUCGUGGAGUCCAGACUCCACGCCGACACCGAUGAGGAUGAAGUGGACGAAUGGCCUGACGAUGACUCAGCCGAGGAGCCCGAGGCGGUAGCGGCAGCAAGCAACAGGGCUUCGCUGGGACGGGAGGAGGACGUGUCGUUCAGCGACCUGGAAGACGACGACGAUGAUGACGGCAAUAAAGGGUCGGGCAAGUAGCUAAGAUAAUUUCUAGGUCCGGUCCUGGCACAAUCAUCUGAGCCUCCAUUGGAGCAGUCCCACAAGCACACGCUCGCUGGCUUCACUCAAGGGACUACAGAAGGCAGCGGUGGAUGGAUGGGUGGAUGAUUACGCGGUCAUUAUUAGCCUCUUGAGAGGCGAUGAUGAUGAUGGAUCCUCGAAGCUGGCUGGCUGGGCCUCCCUCGGCUGCCCUGAAUUAGAAGAGAAGCACAAAACUGGAGUAAUAAUGAUGGCAAGUAAGUACGUACAUCUGUAUCGUUUGGCCUGUUUCUGUACAUAGAGCCCCCUGGGGCGGGGCUGCCUCCUGUAUGAACCAACCUGGCAACGUACGUACCACUCUGUCUGUCCAUCUGGGUGGGCGCUGCUGCAGGUGCGCACACUGAAUAAAUCGCUUGAUAAGCUGAAAGCACUUCGAUUUGGGUUCGUCGUACUCGAGAUCCACCAAAUAUCCUUGAUUGAUUUCUGGUA